AUGCCCCCCCUCCCACCGCCCCUCUGCGCGCGCGCUCACGCCCUCAUCUCCGCCGAACACGUCCUCUGGACGCACUGGAACGCCCUCCGCCUCGCGAUGGACACGCACAACGCCGCGCUGGCCGCCUUCCACGCGCUCGACCGCAGCCUGCUGCUCACUGCGGGCGUCGCGGCGCUGCGGCACCGCGCGGGCGCCGCCGUCGUGGACGCCGAAGCCGCCGUCGCGCGCGCGCACCGCGCGUUCCUCGCCCAGCUCGGCGGCAUCGAGGGCAUGUACGACGCGCAUGCCGACUGCGGCUGCCGCCACGUGCCGUGGUAG